AUGUUUAAAGGUGUUAAGGAUGUUACGAGAAUGUCGCCAGAGUGGUACGCUAUGGCUGGUGAAAAGCUAACACUGGUAAUUAAAAGUCUCGUGCUGCUGAGUACACAUGAACACGUCAAGAUAAGGAAAGAACUCGCUGUGCUCAGUGCGAGGAUACUGAGAGAAUGCAACGCAUCAAUGCAGCCUUCUAUACCAGUAGUUCUUGACAUUUUAAUAUCAUUGGCGAAGGACGAAUAUCCCGAAUUAUUUGAGUACUGUACUAGUGUAGUGAACGCCUACUUUACAGAAGCUUCGCAGGAAAAGAGGCUCGACACUAUGGAUUGUCUUUGCGAGAACUUUCUCACGACUCUAACAAAUCUGCCAAGGAUUCUAAAUAAUAUCGACUCGGGGCGCAAGCUCGCAGCAUUGAACCUUAUGCACGGGUACGUGCGCGUUUUGAGCGACGGGUCUCGUCCGCAGCGGCUGACUACAGCGAUGACAUCACAUACAACCCUCGAUGCUCUCUGCGAAGCGCUGCGCCACGCUGCUGCGCUCUCCACCGAUCUCACGCUCCUCGCCACGCAUGCGGACAGAGAGCUGACCGCCCCACCACCAACUACCACCCCGUGGCGGAUCCUUCGACAUUUAGACACGAAGGAAUGCGAGCAACGACUCCGGGAUAUCUGCCAGCUGCUCGCUGAAGCGGAGUGCGCGGAACUGUUGCUCGAUCACCUGCUGGAGCUGUUUCAGCAAAGGGAAUGCGAGGUGGCCUACAUCAUGAACUGUUUUGGUUCUGCACCAAAUUCCUCACCGACCCUUGUUAAGCGCAUACUGGACACAUAUUUAGAGGAGGAUGUGUGGUAUUUGCCGCUGGAAGUCUGCAGCUCGGAGACUCCGGUAACCAAGGAGGAGACGUUAGAUGUCGAGGUUUACAACCCGAGGGCCUGGAUGAAAGAUAGUGUGCCAGGUCUGUUCGAGGGCGCGACGGAGACGCGGUACACGGGUAUAAGCUAUGCGGCGGGCCGGCAUAGCGUCGCUUCGGGUUGCAGCAGCGUGGCAGCCGCGCAGCGCAACGCGGAGCUGUGCUGCUUACUCACUGAGGGUGUGGGAGCGCUGGCUUUCACGCUGCGGGACCACUUCCAGCCCUACCUAUUGAAGACCUUGUGCCUUGUGCUGGAGAGAGUUGGCAGCCGUUACGAGCUGCUCCACCUGGCUGGUCUGAAAGCCAUCAACGACAUAGCACGCGCGUGCGGACACAGCUGCGUCGCCGAACUAAUCGCCGCCAACGCGGAUUACCUCACCAGUCAGAUCACCAAUAGACUCAAAAAGGCGUGGAACAUUAAAUCUGCCCUCGAGAUUUUAUCUGUGGUAAUGGAGUACAGCGACACAAGGAUACUGGAUUAUUUGUACGGAAUAGUGGAUGAUGUGCUUGUUCAAAGCUGCGAUAAGUUUCACGAGAGAGAUCUCUACGCCUACCUGCAGGUGUUUCUCACUUUCAUCACUCGUAUUCGAAAGUGGUUUCACGUAGAAGAAGAUUCAAAAACAACUCCACAUAAUAGAACAGAAAACUUCAGUGUGCUCAAAGAUGUUAUAGAGUUUGCCAAGAACAAAGAAGAAGCGGAGAGAUUGCUAAGCAAGGAAGAGUUCGAGGAGGAUAGCGGAAAGAGUGUGGAGGAGAUGUACAGAGAAGAUUUGAAGAAGAAAGAAGAAGAUGUGUUAGAUUAUGACGACAGAGUUACAUACGAAUCCCCACCGUUGCCGCGACACGUCACUGUUACCGUGUCGAUACUUAAAAGAUGCAUCAAUUUUAUCACAUCCAAGCAACGUGACGACGCCAUCUUGGCCUUGAAAGUCCUGUCGCUAGGAUUGCCCAUCUUGAAGCAUCACGAGAACGAGCUGCUGCCACUAGUGCACCUGACGUGGGCUCCGCUCUGUACUAAAGUCGGGGCAGAGCCGGCUGUAGCGAGGGCCGCUUUGGAUCUUCUGGUUACGAUGGCAACGCUUUCGAAAGACUUCAUACGGAAUCGCGCUAUGAAAGACGUCUUCCCCCACAUGUACAAAUAUUUGCGAAGCAGUUCGCACGACAGUCUCCUAAAGGACCGUGGCUCCACGUAUCGACUGAGCCCGGCCUACCGGUUGCAGGAGGCAAUGUUGGCAGCCCUGCCCGGCCUCGUUGUGGAUCUGAGCCUGGACGAGGCUGGACUCGAAGAGGCCAUGUCCUGUGUGGACACUUACUUGUCUAAGAAACAGCCGAAGCCUUUGCAGGGAUUGGCGGUAAUCUUCUUUAAACACAUAUUGGCGAGCAACUACGGAGCCGUUUGGUGUCACCUGAGGAAACUCUGCGCUAACGACGACGUGAUAGAACCACCCGCCAUGAAGUACAUCAAACUGGAGCCUGUUGUCGGCACGCCAUAUAGAUCCACCAAUGUGGAUUGUGAAAAAAAUAUCAAAUUAAUAUUCGAAAUAGAUUAA